UUGAUCGGUCAAAGGUUAUUCGUGCAAGUCGGACGAUCGGACGACCACUCUGCUACAAUGGAGAUUGAGAUUCUUCACGCCAAGUCAGGCAAGCAGAUAACCUGUCUGAACCAUGUGGACAACUAUUCCACAGUUCUGGACCUGAAGAAAUGGAUCUACAAACAAUUUCCCAAGUACUACCCAGCCAGGCAGUCUCUCAGGUUGGAACCAAAGGGGCGUAACCUGAGUGAUGAGGAGACAGUUCGCUCGCUGGACCUGAGAGUGGGCGACAGAAAACUGUACCUGAGGGACCUGGGACCACAGAUCGGCUGGAAAACGGUGUUCCUGUGUGAGUACUCUGGCCCUAUUGCUGCAUACCUGUUGUUCUACCUGCGCCCUGCCUUCAUCUACGGAGUCACUAAGGCAAAGACACACCCUGUUGUACACAUUGCCUUUGCCUGCUGGACCUUCCACUAUGUGAAACGCGUGUUGGAAACCCAGUUUGUGCACCGUUUCUCCCACGGUACCAUGCCCGUAAGGAACCUGUUCAAGAACUGCAGCUACUACUGGGGUUUUGCAGCCAUCGUGUCGUAUUUCAUCAACCACCCCCUCUACACCCCACCUGCCUAUGGAGAUCUCCAGGUGUACUCAGCCCUGGCAGGGUUUCUGAUCAAUGAGCUGGGCAACUUGUCCAUCCACCUGGCCUUCAUGAACAUGCGGCCUCCAGGCACCAAGACCCGUGCCAUCCCGUACCCCACAGGAAACCCCUUCACAGCUCUCUUCAGCCUGGUGUCCUGCCCUAACUAUACUUACGAGGUGGGAUCCUGGGUGUGCUUCACCAUCAUGACUCAGAGCUUCCCAGCUCUGCUCUUCACCCUGGCUGGGUUCUACCAGAUGACCGUGUGGGCUAUCGGCAAGCACCGCAACUACCUGAAGGAGUUCAGCAACUACCCACGUGCCCGCAAACCCAUCAUACCAUUCCUUCUCUAACUAACACACCACAGGGCAGGCCAUUUACACUGUCAGGACACAUCUUUUGGCUCCUAGUCUGUUGACACAUAUUUUAGCACAUGCACUUUUCUUCAGGGUUAGAACCACUAGCCUGAAAUGUACAAUGUGUUAACGUUUCAUGAUAGCACUUUGCUAGUCUCAACCAGGCUUUCAGAAGCGGCUGGAAAGAGUAUAAAUUGGCCAAAUAGACAGAUGAUAUGCUAGGCUUGGGAAGUUGUAUUCUUUAGUAGACCAACUCCCCUGGUGUGUUAUCUACUAGUAUUUAGCCAAUUUCUACUCUUUCCAGCCACUUCCCAAAAGCCUGGAAGAGGCUAUAUCAAUGUACGUCUUUGCCUGAAUUGUGCACAACAUUGAUUGUAGUGUAGGUAUUACCCCGGCACUGCCUAUAAAUACUGUAGGGACUCAUACAGACAGCAGCAUAUAGUUUCUUGAUAGUAGGGCUAUUUAAAAUUAGCACAAACAUAAUUUGAUAAGGGUUUGUUCGUACCAAGUUGUAGAUAAUAAUCUAACAAGUUUGUUAAGAUGAACCAGUGAUUCUUAAUCAUUUCCAACAAAACCCCUGAUAUCACAGCAAAGUGUAAUAAACUAUAGAUUGUUCUGAUGCAGCUAGCUGGGACCACCAAUAGGAUUGAAUGCUCACUGCAGCAAAAUCAUUUAUCUAAGGCCACAC